UUUAGAGUAAGAGGGGUUGGCUUUAAAGAGAUUUGACUCUAUUUGGAGUUGUGUCGAUGGCAGAUGAAGAAAGUUGUUUCUUGAUUCUUUUCUACUUGUACUUACACACCAGAGCUCGUUGGCAGGCUCCGUCCUCACAGAGAGCCCGCACCAGGAUGGGUGCUCCCCCGGCGCAAAGGAUAUUUUGGCUUCUGAUGUUUGCUUUUGGAAUAACAGCAGUCUGCGGUUCAAACGUCUGCACCUCCAGAGGAGCCAGCACAUGCAAGCAAUGUCUGGCUGUGCACCCCAGCUGUGCGUGGUGCUUCCAGGAGGACUUUGGCCAAAGGGUUGCCAGUACUUCCCGCUGUAAUCUGAAGGAUAACCUGUUGGAAGCGGGCUGUGCUCCGUCAGCUCUCGAGUCUCCAACCAGCAAACUUCAGGUGAUCGAAGACCGGCCCCUCAGCAACAAGGCAGCGGGGGCCACGCAAGAUUUCACUCAGAUCAAGCCCCAGAAACUACACAUCACCCUCAGGCCAGAUGAUGCUAAGCGCUUCACAGUGAAGGUGCGACAAGUAGAAGACUACCCCGUGGAUCUCUACUACCUCAUGGAUCUCUCCUACUCCAUGAACGACGACCUCUUCCGUCUGAGGACGCUGGGCAAAGGUCUGGCCGAGGCUAUGAACCGCACCACCAGCAACCUCCGCAUGGGCUUUGGGGCUUUUGUGGACAAGCCGCUCUCACCCUACAUGUACAUCUCACCCAAAGAGGCUGUGAAGAACCCCUGCUACAGCAUUAACACCACCUGCUUGCCCCAGUUUGGCUACAAACACGUUCUGUCUCUGACGGAGGAGGUGGGCCGCUUCACAGAGGAAGUGAAGAAGCAGAUGGUGUCCAGGAACCGAGAUGCCCCAGAGGGAGGCUUUGAUGCCAUCAUCCAGGCUGCUGUGUGCAAGGAGCAGAUCGGUUGGCGUCCAGACGCGUCCCACCUUCUGAUCUUCACCUCAGACGCUAAGACUCACGUGGCUCUGGACGGUCGUCUCGCUGGAAUUGUGCAUCCCAACGACGGACAGUGCCACCUCAACUCUGAGAAUAUGUACAGCAUGUCUACCACCAUGGAUUACCCAUCUCUAGCUCUGAUCACAGAGAAGAUGUCAGAGAACAACAUCAACCUCAUCUUCGCCGUCACCAACCCUGUGGUUCCUCUGUACCAGAACUACAGUGAGCUGAUUCCUGGCACCACAGUAGGAACGCUGUCUAACGACUCAGGCAACGUUAUUCAGCUCAUACUGAAGGCCUACGCUAAAAUCCGUUCCAAAGUGGAGCUGGAGCUUCAAGGAGUCCCAGAAGAGCUGUCCUUGUCCUUUAAUGCCACCUGUUUGAAUGGAGAGCUCAUCCCUGGCCUCAAGUCCUGCUCUGGGCUUAAGAUAGGAGACACGGUCUCUUUCAGCGUGGAAGCCAGGGCCCGCGGUUGCCCUAAACAAAAGAAUAAAACCUUCAUCAUUAAACCCGUGGGCUUCAAGGACUCCCUCUCCAUCACCGUCACCUUCGAGUGUGACUGCAAGUGCCAGUCCAAAGCCCAGCCCAAUAGCCCCAAAUGCAACCAAGGCAAUGGCACCUACGAGUGCGGCAUCUGCCAGUGCCACCCAGGCCGCUUAGGGCCUCACUGCGAAUGUGCAGAGGGUGACUAUAACCCCACGGAGCAGGACCGCUGCAGCGGACCUUCCGGCUCGGGAGGACCUCAAUCUGCCAUCUGCAGUGGCCGUGGAGACUGUGUGUGCGGACAGUGUGUGUGCCACAGCAGCGACUUUGGAAAAGUCUGGGGAAAGCUGUGCGAGUGUGAUGACUUCAACUGCCUGCGCUACAAGGGCGAACUGUGCUCAGGCCAUGGUGUCUGUAAUUGUGGCUUCUGCCAGUGUGCACCAGACUGGCAGGGUGAGAACUGUAACUGCUCCAGACGUACUGACACCUGUAUGUCCAACCUGGGUCUGCUGUGCAGCGGGAGAGGCCAGUGUGUGUGCGGGGCCUGUGAGUGCACCCAGCCAGGUGCCUAUGGGGCAACAUGCGACAAGUGCCCCACCUGCCCUGACGCCUGCACUAUGAAGAAGGAGUGUGUGGAGUGUAAGCACUUCAAGAGGGGCAAACUGUUUGACGACAACACCUGCUCUCGAAUCUGCAAGGAUGAGAUUAUGCUUGUGGAUGAAUUAGUGCUCCAUGAUACAAACGCUGUGAACUGCACCUACAAAGAUGAGGAUGAUUGCCUGGAGCGUUUUCAGUACUAUGAGGACGCCAGUGGCAAGUCCAUCUUGUUUGUCGUCAAAGAACCAGACUGCCCCAAGGGUCCAGACAUAUUGGUGGUGCUUCUGUCAGUGGCAGGAGCAAUUUUGUUCCUUGGCUUGGCGGCUCUGCUUAUCUGGAAAUUGCUGGUCACCAUCCACGACAGACGGGAAUUUGCUAAAUUUGAGGAAGAACGUGCUCGUGCUAAGUGGGACACGGGACACAAUCCUCUCUACAAAGGAGCCACAUCUACCUUCACAAACAUCACAUACAGAGGAAAAGACUGAUGCUACUGAACAAGGAUGAAGAAUAAAGGAGGAAAUAAUGGACUUUUACUGUCCUUUGUGGGAAAGGCACCGAAUCAUGUGCAGGCCUCUACUGUCACAAGACAAUAAUUAAUAAUUAUUUGUGUUUGUAAAUAUGUAGAAAUGAUUCUGUGGACACAUUUUUUUUUAUCAGGGAUUUGUCAUAAAACCCUACAUAUACUACACUGAUAAAUAAGAUAUUGUUUUGAUUUUGUGUGAUUGACAAAGAACUCUUGUGUUGUGCAGGUUUACCCAAAUCACAAAAACAUACUGUAUUUACAGACUUACCCCCUGGCCACACUGUUAUUUUCUGGUGGAAAAUAGUAUCAAAAAAACUAUUGGCAUCAAAGAUCUGUAGAGUACUUUAAAUAUCUACAGAGGCAGAUAAAACCAAAACUAUCCACGUGACUGGAUACCAAGUGGAAAAAUAUAUAAAAAUGUGAUGUGGUUGAACUCAUUCUUCAAGUCAGCGGAAGAACAAAAGAUCAGAUAAUGUUACACAGAAAAGAAAAAAAAACUUUAUUUCCCGAUCUCAGUGUUGGGAUUUCCUGUUUGUGGUACUCCUUGGGACUAUGACAAGAUAAACUAUCUACAAUUCAGGCAAGUGACGUGCUGGAAAUAGGAUGUGGUUUGGAGUAAACUGUUAAUUUACUGAAAACUUCUGCAGUUUCUUGUGUAGUGUUUUCUCCCUUGUUCUCACUCGCUAAAAUAUGUAAAAUGUCAUAAUUUAGUCAAGUUUUGAGACGUGGAAGACAAAAGCUCAGCUAAAACAUAAUUAAAAAUAUAUAGUAUGAGGGGCUUUAUUCCAUAAUGGAUGAUUAAAGAUUAGUAUUAUUUGAUAUUACGAGUAAAUGUGGCUCUAUUUUAAAUGUUUUGAGUUUUUAAAAGUACAACAGUGACUCGUUUCUGUUGUGUUUUCGCUUUAAAUGCUGAAACGUUGAUUGAUCAUUUGAACUUGAGCAUCCAAAAAAAUCAAUUUUAUUAAAAAAUACACCAAGACAGACAA